AUCAAAGUGGUAUGAGGCAGAAAUUACGUAAAUCGGUAAAAAUAGAUCUGUUUCACUUUAAAACUUAUCUUAUUGAUUUUAGUAUAGAAAUUUAGACGAACUUUUGUUGUACUGCUUGAUGAAAAUGGAGUUAAGGAAUUAAAAGAACCGCGAUAAAUAUGAGUGAAGGCGACAAACCGUUUGCUUGUACUGUGCCAGGAUGUGGGCAAACAUUUACGAACAAUGAUCGCCUCACCAUACAUCGUCAAACGCAUUCGUUGAGAGUGAAAAUUGGACCAAAAAGCGAGGAAAUUAUUCCUGAUCAAACUCCAACACCAACAAGAUUUUUAAGGAAUUGUGAUGAAGAAGGCCUGUUUGAAGAACUUGAGCAUGUUGACAAUCCAUUUGAAAAGGAUUUUAAAAAGAAUCUAUCAUCCCAACAGACACAUGAGAAAAGGAAUCUGGACAAUUCAGUGGUUCAUACACCUGUUCCUACCUUGGCAGAUAUCCCACUUUCAAACAAAGAAAGUAUUAUAGUGGAUGUGGUAACAAUUGAAAAUAAUGAUGAAGAUGGUCAUCCACCACCAGUAAUGCAAAAUGUUGUUAUUGAAGAACAGCCUGAUGGCAUGCCCAAUGCCACAGACUUCCUUCGACAAACUGUAGAGCAAGUAGCUGAAUCUGAACAAGAAACAAAGAUGACAGAUAAAUCUCCAACAGUUUCAGUCUUAGUGGCACAAAAAAAUACAAUUCCUCGCAAAGUUAUCCCACCAUUCAUUGCACACCCUGACAUUGCUGUACCAAAAGCAACUCCGGCACCAAACAUUGCCCAUAAUGGAGCCAACUUACAUUCUAUUCCAACUAGAGCUAUUGUAGUGACACCUCCUGGAAAAUCGCCUACUGGCUCAUUUGUAAAAAGUGCUAAACAGAUUUUAAAGGAAACCAUUCGUAUUCAUCAGUCCCAAGGCAAAGAUGUAAAAACAAAUCUUGGAAAUAUUAUAAGCCAGGCAAUGAAUGAAGCUGUUACUGCUGUGAAAAGACCAUCUUCAACAGAGUCAGAAAAUAACAGUAGCAAUGAAGACAAAGACCCCAAACCAAUCAAGAGAAAUCGACGAUCGCAAGAUGAACUGAGCGCAGAUGAAAAGAGGGAAAGAUUUUUAGAAAGAAACAGAGCAGCUGCAACUAGAUGCAGGGAAAAGCGAAAAUUGUGGAUACAAGCAUUAGAGAAAAAGGCAGAAGAAAUGUCAGACGUAAACAGCCAACUUCAGAAUGAGAUUUCAUGCCUAAAACAUGAAGUUGCUCAAUUGAAAGCUUUACUCCUGGCUCAUCGUGACUGCCCAUUAUCUAUUAACCAACAAAAGGCCCAUCCUGGUAUAUUUGAACAACUUCAAGGAGCUACCGUUGUUAUUGACAUACCACGCAACAGUCAACAAACAGCGGAGGCUGACGCGUCAUCAGCUCUGGCACAAAUGGCGGAACGAGCUGCUGUUGAAUGUAACAUUUGAAUUAAAUUAUGUUACACGUCAUUUUACGGCGUCAAGGGUUAUUGGACUUUUCCAUGGAGAUUGUUGCUUCGAUUAAAUGAUUGCUUCAGAUUGUUAAAUGAGCUAAAUAACGAUAUCAGUACCUACCAAUAAGAAAAACAUGUAGCUACGUAUUAAUGCGGACAACUUGAGCGAUAAAUUGACACGAACAAUAUUAACUAUAAAUAGCGUAAGGAGAUGGUUGGUAAAAAAAGUAUACUUAAUUAUAGUAGAUUAUUUCUUUUGAUUAUUUAACGUUCUAAUUUAUGUACAUCUUGCAUCCACGAUGAUUUUUGUUGAGGUUGCUCUACGUAGUUUGGAUUAAACACCAAUCACAA